AUGUACAGCGUGAUUGCUGCGGCGCUGGUCGGCGUGGCCACUGCCUCCUCGCUGAGCAGUCUCUGCACCACUGACUACGUGACCUCCGUCCUGCCCACCUCGAGCGAUGACAUCCCCUCUGGCAUCACCAUCGACACCAGCUCCGUCACGGCGAGCAUCUACCGCAACUACUCCGUGACCGGCGCCACGUUUUGGGAAGACAUGACCAUCAACUUCUGCGAAGUCUCGUUCGCCUACAACCACCAGAACGGCGACGACCGCGUGGUGGUGCAGUACUGGAUGCCGAGCCCUGACGUCUUCGCCAACCGAUUCCUCGCCACGGGCGGUGCCGCCUACACCAUCAACAACGGAUCCGGGGGCGCCGACAUGGCGGGCGGCGUGGCCUACGGCGCCGCCACUGGUUACACGGACGGCGGAUUCCCCUACUGGGGCGGCACGGACUUCGACGACGUGGUGCUGCUGGGCAACGGUACGGCGAACUGGCCCGCCAUCUACAAUUGGGGAUACCAGGCCAUCGCCGAAAUGACGCAGAUCGGCAAGGCAUUCACCAGCAACUUCUUCUCCCUCGGCACCUCCACCACCAACACCACCAAGCUGUACAGCUACUUCAUGGGCUGCUCGGAAGGCGGCCGCGAGGCGAUCAGCCAGGCCCAGCGCGCCCCGGAGCUGUACGAUGGAAUCGUAGCCGGCGCCCCCGCCAUGCGCUACGGCCAGCAGCAGGUCAACCACAUCGCCUCCCCGGUGCAGAUCCAGACCAUGGGCUACUACCCCCCCUCGUGCGUGUUCGACACCGUCAUCAACGCGACCAUCAACGCGUGCGACGGCCUGGACGGCAAGGUGGACGGGGUGGUCGCGCGCAGUGACCUAUGCUUCCUCAACUUCAACGUCUCCAGCAUGCUGGGCCAAACCUACUCCUGCGCCGCAGGCUCCACCUCCAGUCUGGGACUGGGAUAUGGCAAGAAGCGCAAGCGCCAGUCCACCUCCGCCACGCCCGCGCAGAACGGCACGAUCAACGCCCAGGACAUCGCCGUGAUCCAGGACCUCCUGACCGGGCUGAAAGACUCGAACGGGGACCUGGUCUACUUCCCCUUCCAGCCCACCGCGGGCUUCGGCGACACGACCGUCUGGGACAGCACCACCGAAUCCUGGACGAUCACCAACCCGAACUCCAACGGCGAGUGGGUCACCAAGUUCCUGCACUGGCAGAACGUGAGCUCGUUGGACCUGACCGGGGUCACCAACGACGACCUCAAAGCCUGGAUGAUCGAGGGCAUGACUCUCUACAUGGACAGCCUGCAAACCACGCUUCCGGACCUCACCCCCUUCUACUCCAAGGGCGGCCGCCUCCUGCACUACCACGGCGAAGCCGACUCGAGCGUGCCCCCGACGGGAUCGAUCCAUUACCACGAAUCCGUCCGCAAGAUCAUGUACCCUUCCCUCUCCUUCGAGGAGGGCAACACCCAACUCAACGAGUGGUACCGGUUCUACCUCGUUCCGGGCGCCGCCCACUGCGCGAUCAACGACGAGCAGCCCAACGCGGGCUUUCCGCGCGACAACUUCGAGCAUAUGAUCCAGUGGGUCGAGGAGGAUGUCGUGCCGAUCACCAUCAACUCGACAGUGCAGUCAGGCGCUCUAGAAGGAGAGGUGCAGAAGCUUUGUACCUGGCCUGCGCGCCCGUACUGGACUGAUAACGGCACGAUGGUCUGCGAGGAGAAUGCGAGCUCGGUCAGCGCGAUGCUCUGGAAUUUGACUGCUUACAAGAUGCCGGUGUACUAG